AUGGACAAGCUACCGGUAGAGAUCCUCACCAAAAUCAUCGACCUCCUCACCCCGCGUGAGAAGGUGCAGCUGCAAUCGGUCUCCAAGAAAUUCUUCGAUCUCGGCCGCGACAACAAUUUGUGGAAACUUCACUGCUAUGAGCAAUCUUGGGCGGCCUUGCAAGCUUCCCGUCCGGCGGGCCGGAUGUCGGAGAGCCUCCUCUCCCAUUCGACGGCGUCGCUGAGUACAUUAGGGCAGGACUCUUUGAGAGACCUUAUCCGCCCUCCGGCUCCGCAGCCGGAGGAUGGUGGUUCUGGGGAGCCACGAAGGCUGUCACUGAGUGAAAGAGCCAGAGCGGCUGCGGAGUGGGACUCUUCGACGGAGGGGGAGCAUGUGGAUUGGUACUCGGAAUAUAUUGCUCGUCAUGGGCCGAUGUCACUAUCAUGGGCACAGCAACCAUUUCAAAAAGGCGAAGGGAAAAAACACCAGCCAUGUGAGGUGAAGGGUAUGGGUCUGUUGAAAGACUGGAGCUCUGCAAGGGAAAAUAAGAUUGUGGCACCUCUUGAUGAUGGCAGUAUCUGUAUCUGGGAUUUGAACCACUCCCAUAACGCCAACUCGCAAUCGACUAAGGGUGGGAUUCUUGGGAUGAGCGAGCCCGGGGUUCUCAUGGCAAAUCUUUCGAGCCGCCGGGAGCAUUCGCCGUCGAAAUCUUCACUAGAAUUCAUCAACCUCGGCGAGGGGGUCAGCAUUGACUCCUUCCGGCGAAGAGCCUACCUUGCCAUCGGAAAUGUCUUGAACGAGGUUGAUCUAGAAACUCUGAAAGUGGUAUCGCAGCAACGUUAUCCUUGGUCGAUCUUUGCACUGUCACAAGAGACCGACUAUUCGGUACCACUCACACUAGCUACAACGCUUAGCUUGCAAAUUCAUGACUCCAGACUAUCUGCGACAGAAGAGGAGGAAGCUAUCAGUCUUCGAUGCGAGAAGAACUCGACGCCUUUGGUCCCAGAGCUGGACAUUUUCGCCCAUUCAGACUCUCCGCAACUCCAACUUCAGCCUAAUGGUCUUCCACCUCGUCGAAUUCGCAGCCCGGGCCCUGGGAACGAACAUUACGCACCACUCUUCCAGCCCGGCCCUCUUUCCAUCCUUCAUCCCCCGGCACCACAUUUCAAUACCAUCCUGCUCGCGGGCCGUUUCCCGAGUAUUCUGUGCUAUGAUCGCCGCUAUUUCCCUCGCUUGCAAAGCACAGUCCAUUCUGGCGGUCGAUUAUGUGGACUUGCUUCUGUACCCGAGCCUCGAUUCCCAGUCUUCACCGACUCGACCUAUCUGGAGUCCCAUGGUGUUGUGGCCUGUGGCGAGUACAAUGGCCGCGGGUCGUUGGAACUCUAUAGCCUCAAAUCUUCCUCCGCAAACCGCGAAGGCAAUCCUUCGAAUAGAACAUCACAGUUGACACCAGAAUAUAAGAAUCGGCAAAGCGCUGCCAGCUCCAAGCUUCUGUCCGUCGCAUCUCAUGGCAAUCGUGUCGUAUAUUCAGAUUCCGAGGGAAACAUCAAGUGGGUCGAGCGAAAUGGCCGGGCAGAGGUUCGACGUUGGAACAUCAAUUCAUCUCAGCCCCAGUUCCUAUUUCCUCGACGCGGCGGUGCGUUCUCGGCAGGGCAGCCGUUCGAGCAUCCACAGCCUCGUGGUCUUUGGCCUAGUUCCAAUCCUGAGAACGGCAGCAGUGAAGUGGCGCGGAAGAUCCUACCCACGGGUGGGAACCUUACCGGUGACGAACUUCUUGUCUGGACUGGUGAGCGCAUUGGUCGACUCAAAUUCUCCAUUCCUGAAGAGUCUGUCGGAGAUAUGGAGGAUGGCGAGGAUGAAUGGUUCAUGCAUGCAGAAGUGGAUGAGACGACACGUGAAGAAAUGAGACAUAAACAUCGAGAUGUGUGGGAGAAGGAGCGGCGUUAUGAAGAAACUAUGCGACGAGCACUUGAGAGGCAGGCGGAUGAGGUGCGGUGGAUGGGUACUGAUGGUAUGAGUUGA